AUGGAGCACUUAAAUGACCACCUUGCACAUUCACUUUGCCUGCAGGUCCGACUUUUUGAAGCUCAAUUUCAUGAUCUAAAGGCUUCGAGGAACAUGGUAAGCGUUUCUAUUCGGAGAUGGAUGAGCUCAGUUUUGAUCAGGGGGAAGUUCGAAGGAAUUAGAAAACAGGUUCGAGUCCGAUUUGCACCAAGCCCAACUGGCCAUCUUCACCUUGGAGGCUUGAGAACGGCAUUGUACAACUUUUUGUUCGCUAAACACCACAAAGGAUGUUUUAUCCUCCGUAUAGAAGACACUGAUAGGGCGCGAUUAGUUCCUGGCAGUGUCGGCAGCAUUGAACGAAUUCUUGAACACUAUGUUUUACACUAUGAUGAAGGACCACGAAAGAGCGGGCCGUAUGGACCUUAUCAGCAGUCCGAAAGACUUGUGUUAUAUAAGAAUGCUGUGGAUCAGCUUAUUGAGUCAGGGCAUGCCUAUCGUGUGUUUUUGUUCCGAAGACGUGAGUUCCACUCAGCUGACGAAAUAUUUGGUUCAGUGGACCAGUGCAUCGACGAGAGUGACAUGGUGUUGCUUAAAAGUGACGGGUUUCCCACGUAUCAUCUCGCUAACAUAGUGGAUGACCGGGCUAUGCACAUCUCCCACGUCAUUCGUGGUAUGGAGUGGUUAAGCAGUACGGGUAAACAAUGUGCUUCUGUUAAGAAGGCAUUUGGAUGGCCAACACCGAAAUGGCUUCACCUCCCUCUCAUAACUCGAGAUGGCAAGAAGAAACUCUCUAAAAGGGAUAAGGAUGCAUUCGUUGACUUUUAUGAGCAAAGAGCUCGGUGCACUCCCGAAAGCCGUUUUGAAUUUACUGACCGAAUUAUUGCCGACAGUACGCCGGCUGCUAUUGAGCAUGACUUGCCAUCCAUACAAGUCCCAGAUGAUGUUUAUCUUAAGAAGGUAUUGAGUUUCCUGAAAGCCAAUGAAGAAAGCUUUGCGUUUUUGUCAUCAUUAACAAAAGGCGAUUUCCGAUGGUUUCUAACCAAGCCCAUGGCAGCUGAACGUCUUUUGUCGGUGACAGACCGAGAAACGGCUCUGGAGACUCUAACGUAUUUGCAAGAAUGCGAGUCGCUUGAUGUCGAUGCACUAAAGAUGGUAGCAGAACAGCACGGAUGGGAAUACACAAAGCUUCUCGCUGUCAUCCGUGUCACCUUAAUCGACAAUACGAAAGGACCGCCUAUAAAAGAGUUGGUGUCUUUCUUCGGAAUAGAGGAGUGUCACAAACGAUUCAGUGACAUGAUCAGCUUUCUCCAUUCCUCUAAAGAAGCAGUCUUAGCAGCGAAUAAAUAG